GACAAGCAUGCAGACGCAGUGUAGUAUUUAACUGCGGCAAUUCCUUAAUUUUAAUGAUUGUACUUUUGCCUGUCGUAUACCAGAUUACCCAUUAUUGUUUUUUAAUGUGAAGAAGAACUAUUAUCGGACAUUUGUGAAGAUUUUUAGGUCAACCGAGCUUGCUAGCCGCUAACAAAGAGAAGCGGAAGUAGUCAACGCAUCGCUAAGCAGUGAUAAAGCGUGAUUGUUGUUGGAAAAUGUGUAAAGUUCAAAUAUUAAGGGCGUUGGUGAGUCGGCGACUAACUGCUGCUGUUGAAGAAAUAUUUGUAGUGUUCGAAAAAGCGCUCGCAGAGUACGAGGAGGAACUUAGUCGAACAAAAGAGGAGAACCAGCGACAACGUCAACUAUUAGACGUUGUUUACAAGGAUCCUCAAGUAGUGUUACAAAGAGAAGACUUCCAAAAAGUGCUUGAUCGUCAAGAAGAACCGCAAGGUGGGAGCUCCACUUUGAAGCAGGACUCUCCACAGCACCCGCACAUUAAAGAGGAAGGGGAGGAACUCUGGAGUACCGCUCUGGAGGGAAAUUGUCUUCUAACGCUGAUGGAGACUGAUCUCACAAUGUUCCCAUGUGUCUCUGUGAAGAGCGAAGACCAUGAAGCCAAACCACCUGAGUCCUCACAGCUUCAACACGGUCCAAGUCAGGACAACGGAGGGGCGGAGCCCCUGUGUAGCAGUUCAUCACAACACAUGACAACAGAAUCAGAUGGAGACCGCUGUGGAGCAUCACAAGCAGAUAACUUCCUGGCUCCACUAUCAGAUAAUGACGACACAAUGUCAUACUCUUCUGAGGCUGAACACGGGGACGAUACCCAAGAACCUUUAAGCAACCACGCAGACUGUGAAGGUCAUAUAAGGACUCAAAAGAAGACGGGUAAAAAAUGCUUGACUUGCCCAGUUUGUGAAAAUGUUUACAAUAAGAGCGCUUUGCCUCAACACAUGAGAACACACACAGGAGAACAACCUUUUAGUUGUUCGGUUUGUUGCCAAAGAUUCGCUCACAAGUCAAAUAUGGUCACGCACAUGAGAACACACACGGGAGAGCAACCUUUUAUCUGCGCCGUUUGCGGUUGCAGAUUCUCAUUCAAAUCCAAUUUGAUCAAACACAUGAGAACACACACGGGAGAAAAACCAUUUAGUUGUUCGCUUUGUGAUAAAACUUUCGCCCGACGUGAUAUUUUGGCAGCACACAUGAGGACACACACUGGAGAGAAACCCUUUAGUUGUUCUGUUUGUUAUCAAAGAUUCUCUCAAAAGAUACAUAUGAUAAAACAUAUGAGAACUCACACAGGAGAAAAACCUUUUAGUUGUUCAGUUUGUGGGAAAACAUUUUCUCAAAGGGCACAUAUGACAUUACACACGAGAACACACACCACAGAGAAAGAAUAUUUUUGUUCAUUUUGUGAUAAAAGAUUUUCUAAUAAGGUAGAUAUGGUUAAACAUGUGAAUAAACACACCGGAGAAUAAACUUUUGAAUGAUUAUUGGAUUGUUUUGGGGGAAAAAAGCCUCUCACAUGGCACAUAAAAUACAUAGAAGAGUUAGAGUCUUGGUCCACUGGCAGGUGAAUGCUAGUGCGGUUCAGUUUGAUAUGGUUUAUUUCAUAUUGAAUUUUUGUGUGUGCUUGAUAAAAUGAGGUAAAAUAUAAAACGAUAUUAAAUAUAAAAUUAUUUUGUUUUAUGUUAAAGUGGACCUUUCAUUCAUUCUCUUAACACUUAUCCUCAUGAAGGUUUCGAGGGGUACUGGAGCCUAUCCCAGCUGUCUUCAGGCGAGAGGCGGGGUACACACUGGACUGGUCGCCAGCCAAUCACAGGGCACAUAUAG